GUCCUCUGUGUACGGCAGGGAGUACUGCUCGUGCUCAAGACUCAGACUCACCAGCCAUGGCCGGAAAGCUAGUCCUGUGCUGCCUCUUGGGGCUGUUUGUUCUCUGCAUAGAGGCUGCACCGCAGGACAAGCUGGACAGCUUCAACGUGGACGAAGUGCUCAACAACGAACGUCUCUUGAAAUCCUACAUCCAGUGUAUGCUCGAUGCGGACGAGGGCAGGUGCACCAACGAGGGGAAAGAAAUCAAAAAGAGACUGCCAAAAUUUGUGGCCAACGGGUGCCUGGACUGCACGCCGAGCCAGCUGGAGAGAGCUAUCAAGACCCUGAAGCACGUGACGGAGAAGCACCCUGAAGAGUGGGCCAAGCUGAAGGCCAAGUUCGACCCCACUGGGGAGUACGCCACGAAGCACGCAGAGACCUGGAAGCAGCGCGGCAUCACCUUCUGAGCCGACCCAGGCGCUGCACACACCAUUCAGCUGACACGGAGCAGUCGGCCAUGAUACGUCGCCCACAUGAAUACUGUCCCAGAGAUUCACAAUUUGAAAAUUCAUAAUUUUCACUACAAUGAUUUUUCUCCAUCCACACUGUGUCUUGAAGUGAUGCGAAAUCACUCUUACUCUGUUAACAUGUGGAACUACAAAUAAACGGUUCUUCAACUC